CAAAACCCGACGCUUCUCGGCAAAUCCCAUUGUGCUGUAGGCCCGUUUGAACAUGAAAUUUCGAAUUUAGGGAUCAACUGAGAUUUUUGCAUGAUCAGAAAGUCUAUUUUUUAUAAAUUGAUUUAGAGAAAAAAUGAACUCAAAAAACGAUCUAGAAGUAUUUUUAAUUAUAUUUUGUAUCUAAUCAUGUGCUCCAUUGUCCAGUGAAAUUAGUUGAAACAAUGCGGUCAAAAGAAGGGAAAGUUCGCGAUUCAUCGCUUGUUGUUUUCCCUCUCAGUUGACCACGUUUGAGUCGAUCCCUGACGUAUUUGGUACGAAAAUAACGAGUAAGGAUCGGUUAUUCCAAAUAUGGUUAUAUUGGGCGGUCCUAAAUAAAAUUGCCCAAUGAAAAAUGCCAUGAAAGAUGACAUCAUUUCGAUGAGCUGUCAAGCAGGCCGUAAACAAAUGCCUGUUGCCAGCCACGUGAUCCAAAUCCAGACACUUGAUUCGCCAAUAUUCGCACAUGACGUCAUUUGCCUUGUUGUUGUGAUUGCUCAGCGGUCAAAUUCUCGCAUCGAAACACCAGCUUUUUUCUUCGAAAACUUGUUCAGAAGUUUGUUUUUAAUGAGCUAGAGUUUCAUAUAUCAAGUAAAAUACGUGUAUUCAUCGAGUGGCUAGAACAAUGUCGAGGAAAAAGAGGAAUUUAACGGAUAAAACCGUCGCUUCUUUGUUGAAUGAUGCAUCGGCGUGCGGUAUGCCGUGCAUGGCUUGACCGAACACCUGGCUGACUACUUCGCGAACCCGACCGGGCCGAGCCCCCGGCCGCGGGCGAGAGAGGAACUCCUUCGUCUCCUAGCUCCGACUCUGAUUCUGAGUCUGAUGAGUUCGAGGAGGCAGGUCCAUGACCAGCAGAGCCAUGUGAAAGCGGCGAUGAAAGCGGCGAUGAAAGCGAUUGGGUCGAUGAGGCAGAUGCAUGCAGAGGAGCCUAUGGAUUUGUCAAGUGACAAUGAAAGCGUCAUACUGGGACCGGGUCCUGUCAUUGAUGACGAGGAGGAGGCGGCAGCAGCUACAAAUCUGGCCCAACAAAUACAUGUAGAUCUUGAUCUGGAACCGCUGAAGGACCGCGUGAAUAAAUGCAACUGCCGUAUCUUCAAUCGAAGACGCUGUAUCAAACAAUUCUCUGUAGCCGAACAAGAGUCCAUAAGGUCAAUGUUCCUAAAGAACAGAAGACAGAGGCACUCAGGAGGCAGGAGGAGCAUCUUCUACAGGACAGCCUGUCAAGCCUUACAGGCAGUCGCGAUAGAGCUCUCCAUCAAGAAGCUAGGGAAGAAGACUGCGAACUCCAAGCCUGUAGUUUUUUCAUUACAGAUUCGACUUUGCACAGCAAGUGCAUUAUCCAGUUGACCCCCAACAACCUGGCCCUUCGUAUUUCCGUACACAAAGAAAGUGCCACAUCUUUGGCAUGUCUUAUCCUAUGUACAUACUAUUGAUCUCUUCGGCUGUGAAUUUUGUAUGAAACAAGAUAACUCAAGAGAUUCGAAACUGUUCAUCAUUAAUUCUUGGGCACUAAUGCAUAAUAGUUUAUGAUUAGUGUAGUCACUAGUCAGAUUGCAUUUGUUAUGGGAUUCGUUAUUGUUUUUUCUUUACUUUGAUAAUGAAAGAAUAUAUUUUAUAUCUGAUACUGAUUGACUGAAAUUAAUAUUUUUGCAUUAUUAAUCUCUAUCUCAAGAAGACAACAGCUCUGUCAAAUGGUCUCAACUGUUACUUUAUUGUACAUUCCUAAAUGAACCAGGAUAUUUUUACAAUACAUGUAUUAUAGGUUAUCUGUUGUCGAGUGACUUACACGAUAUCUUUUUUUUUCUCAAAUAGUCUUGAUUAAGACUAAUGCUUUAUAUCAUAGCCUUUAUUAAAUAUGACAAAAUAUCAAUCAUUUUGAACUCGCUUUAUUUGUUCCAGUAAUUAUCAUUUGAAAAAUAGAUUCUGACGGGUUUCAAGUUCAACGCAAUUCGUUAUUUCACUUUAUUGCAAUCUUAUUUUUAAUAUAUUUUUUUUAAAUCAUUUUUAUUACAUCUGGUUUUGUAAUAGGCCUAUUAUUAAGCAUAAAUUUUAAGAAAAUGCACUAUUACAUUUUAUUAUUGCAACAUUGAUGUAACCUGCUACUAUUUUGUGUACAAGAACAAAUUCUGUACUGAUGAAACAUAAUAAACCGUGGAAUCGUUUUCCCAUCAACUUUGCCUAGUAUAACAAAAA